AAUGAGAAUAAAAUGUGGUUAUUUAAAAAGGCAGCCCUAACCUAAUUUAAUCGGAAUAGGAAAUAGGAAUGUAUCAUUAAGUAUAAGUAUAUAAUUUUUAGUAAACUUAAUCAUAACUUCUGUCGGAAUAACAAGAAAUGAGCCAGAUAUAAUAAAAACGUUAGCAAACUUUCACAUAAUAAUAUACUAUGAACACUGAAUAUCUAAAAGGAAAAAACUAACAAAGUUGUAGUUUAUUUCUAAAUUAUUUAUUUGUGGCCGAUGUUAUACAGCAACCCGUUAUUUGGCAUUAUAAAAUUCUGACGACUAUAUUCGCGGCCCGCUUUGCCAUAAAAUAUUAAAUGAGUGAAAUAAUUACAUAUCUUAUAUGAUAUAAAAGAGUCAUUGAGUAUAGUUUUACAUCAUUUUGUUUAGAGUGUGGAUGCGCGUUUUACGAUGUUGGAAGACGUAAAAUUCAAAGCGAGGGAGGAAAUUCGUUAUUCUCUGAGUUACUGCAACUUUUUUUUGAGAAGAAUUGGACUUUCUUUCAUUGAUGAUGUUCCGGUGACUUUCAAUGAAAAGCUAAUAGUCUUUCUAUCGUUUGUCAUAUCUUCCUCCCUUCUGAUCCUUAUGGUGGUAGGGCAAUAUGCUUACAUUGCGUAUUUGCUAAUGAACAAUGUUUCUUUGGAACAAUUAAUCGGCAGUUAUUUGCAUAUUGCUGGGUAUGAUACUAUGAGCUUCGGUAAACUAUUGACCAUUUGGUACAAACAGAGUUCUUUUAGGCAAGUCGUAAAUGAGCUUGCUGACAUAUGGCCGGUGUCUGAAGAGGACCAAAAAGCGGUUGCUGUGAAGGACAAUAGCUUGACGUCCCUGCGCCGCAGACAAGCAUUAUAUCUAUUCUGGAACGUAUUAGGAGUGUGGCUUUACAAUUUGACGCCCGUGGUAAUACACCUCUACCGCCUGGGCCGCGGCAUGAGCUCAGAUCUGGGCUACAUUUGGCAGAUUUAUUAUCCUUUCGACAAGACCAAGCCCUUUGUGCACGAAUUGGUGUAUAUUUUUGAAACAUUUGCAGGAGUAGCGUCAGUGUGCUGCAUGCUAGGUUCGGAUGUAUUCUUCAUUUCAAUGGCUAAUCACAUCAGCCUACUUUUACGAUUAUUGCAAGAAAGAAUUCGCCGGCUGGGGAUGUCCGAUGUGGACACCAACGGAGUACCGAUUACGGGAACGCAGGAUUGCUAUGAACAGAUUGUAGGAGUCAUAAAGAUACACCAGAGAUUAAUCAGCUACGCCAAUGACUUGGAGGAUGCAUUUUCAGUGGUGAAUCUUAUAAAUGUUUUGCUGAGCUCUGUCAACAUCUGCUGUGUCGUAUUUAGUAUUGUUUUCUUAGAAUCGUGGAUGGAGAUGAGCAAUAAGUUCUUUCUUGGAGCUGCCAUGACUCAAAUGGGUAUCGUUUGUUGGUAUGCUGACGACAUUUAUAGGGCGAGCAUGGGCGUAUCGGAUGCUGUGUACGAGAGCGGUUGGUACCGGUGCAACACGAGGAGCCGGCGGGGCUUGCUGGCAAUGCUUCAAAGGUCACAAAAACCCUUGUAUUUCACUGCUCUGAAAUUCAAAACUAUUACAAUGACUACAUACACUUCGAUUCUAACAACGUCAUAUUCGUAUUUCACAUUGCUGUAUACAUCUUAUCGCCAAGAAUAACGAUGAUAAAUAAAUAGGGAUUAGCCAAUAGAGAAAUGAUUAAUUAAACAAUUUGAAAUUUA